ACAUUUUGUUUCUUCCUCUCCCUUGACCCUUGAGUUUUCAUUUCAUUUACUAGGGUUAUUAUUCAAUUUCCUUCUCACCCUAUUCUUCUCUUCUCGUUUAAACCUAAAGAAAGUGAUUUGCUUCGUCCAAACAGAACAAUAGAGACAGCGAAAUGGCAGAUCAAAAAGAAGUGAAGCAUCUUGAGGAAUGCUCCAUCUCCAAUGCAAUGGGUACAUGGGUAUUCUCUGUAGCAGGAGCUCUACUUGCAAUACCAAUAGGAAUAAAAAGAAAAUCUUUGGGGCCAUUGGUGUUCUUUGGAACCACUGGUACCAUGCUCGAUAUAAUUAUGGGAGUCACUGCUUGCGAAAGAGAACAUGCUGAGCGCAAAAUGAAGCUUUUAGAAGAACAGAAAGAUCUCUCAUCAACUGAUGAUGAUGGUUUCGUAGUAGAGUCGGAAACCAGUUCAUUGUAAAGCCUAUCGGUUCGUAUAAAGCAAAACAUGUAACGGAUUAGAAGCUUUUUGUCAGCGAUAAGGAUGGUAAUGCCACUGUUUUGCUAUUUUUCUUGUCUACGACUCUUUCUUAUCUGCAAAUUUGAUUCUCAGUUACGAAGUUCCCAUUUUGAAAUUUGCUGUGUUUCAUGGAUUAGAGGUUGUUCCUUUUUCAUAACCACACUUUGCUGUCUAUUUGGAUUACUACAUGUUAUUCUGUUC